UAUGGUCGCCUCAGUUACGCGCGUCGUUGGUGAAAUAGAGGUGUCACGGACUGGAGAGAGAUGCUUUGGUUCCAGAGCCAGAAAAGUCACAGAACCGAUAACCAACGUGACAAAAAAGCUGCUCCCAAAUAUCCCGCAAAAAAGCCCCAAAGUGUCCCGAGCAGUUGCUCUCCGUACAGAGAAAAGUCAAAGUGUUUGUAACAAGGUCUGCCCGGGCGAGAGGGUGGUCGUUUUGGAGGAAGGUAGGGGGUGUGGUGCAGCAGGAACAAGAGCAAGUUGCAUUGAUCAGAGGUUCACAUCGUCUCGGACAAAGAUGCAGCCGAACGCACCGUCCGCGCUCCGCAGAUAAACCGCGAGUUAAACCGAGGACAGAGGCUGAGGCGCGGGUUAAAGGGGAGGCUGAUUGUGCGCGCCGCAGUUUCCACGAUGCUGUUACCGUCCGGCGCGCUGCCGCCGCCGCUGCUGCUGCUGCUGCUGGCUCUCUACUCCAGCUUAGACCUGACAUGGGCUGAGGGUUGCGGGGCUUCAUGUGGAAAAUGUGACUGCAGCGGAGUGAAGGGAGCAAAGGGUGAGAGAGGAUUUCCUGGCCUUCAAGGCAAUAUGGGAUUCCCUGGAAUGCAGGGACAUGAGGGGCCUCCUGGGCCAAUGGGUCCCAAGGGAGAUCUAGGAGCACCUGGGUCUCCGGGACUAAAAGGAGUACGAGGUCCACCUGGUCUCCCGGGGUUUCCAGGAAACCCAGGACUGCCAGGUCUCAACGGAAAUGAUGGUCCGCCGGGUUCGCCUGGAAUCCCAGGAUGUAAUGGGACCAAAGGCGAAAGAGGAUUGGACGGCAUUAGUGGUUUUCCUGGGCUUCAAGGGCCGCCCGGCCUCCCAGGACAGCCAGGAAUGAAAGGAGACCCUGGUGGUCUGAUUGGGAUUGUCCCCCUUAAAGGAGACAGAGGGUUACCUGGCACACCUGGACUACCUGGACCACCCGGACCCUUUGGACCAAGUGGACCUCCAGGACCCCGAGGUUACCCAGGACUUAAAGGUGAUGCUGGACCACCUGGGCCUCCAGGAGAGAAAGGUGACAGGUUGGCCUUUGUGAGCGAAAAAGGAGAGAAGGGUGACCGAGGACUCACCGGCCCACCUGGACCCCCGGGACCUCUUCAUGAAUUGGAAGGACAGACCACAGUGGCCGGACCACGGGGGUACACAGGUCAGAAGGGCGACAAAGGAGAUAAAGGCGUCUGUCUCCCUCAUCAGCGCGGAAUCAAAGGUGAACCAGGCCCACGUGGACCAAAUGGUAAACCUGGUAAAGACGGAGAGGCUGGGUUAAAGGGAGAAAAAGGCUCAUCUGGAGUUCCUGGUUUUCCUGGUUUCUCGGGUGAAAAGGGAGAAAGAGGACCACCGGGUUAUGCUGGCGGUCCACCUGGCCUUCCCGGCCCACCUGGUCCCCCCGGGAGGGAAGGAGAAAAAGGUUACCGUGGUCCUCAGGGAGAGCCCGGUCCACCAGGGCGCGCCAUCGAGGGUCCUCGUGGAGAGCCCGGUCAGAAGGGAGACAUGGGGCGGAAGGGUGACACUGGCUUCGAUGGAGAAUCUCUUCCUGGACCACCGGGAAGACCAGGCCCCACCGGUCCCCCCGGGCCACCGGGACCAGCACCUGACCCUGAUGAGUGCCGUAUGGAGAAAGGAAACCCUGGUCCACCUGGACCUCCAGGAUUAUCAGGGGAAGAUGGGCAAAAAGGUGAGAAAGGAGACGUCUGUGUUAGCUGCGACGGCACCAGCAUACCUGGACUACCUGGCCCUGCAGGCGUUAAAGGAGAGCGAGGCCACCCAGGUCCAGUUGGAGGCAAAGGAGAAAAGGGUAGUUCUGGGCCACCUGGAGAACCUGGAACACCUGGUUCUCCAGGAUCUCCAGGAUUAAUGGGGGAACCUGGUGCCGUAGGUGAACCUGGAGACAUUUACAUAGCACCUGGUUAUAAGGGGGAGAAGGGUUUUCCUGGACGUCCUGGGUUACAGGGACAACCAGGCAAGGAUGGCCAGCCGGGGAGAGACGGACUCCCAGGUCAACCGGGCCUCAAAGGAGAACCUGCCAGAGAGGGUAUUAAAGGUGACCGUGGACCAGAGGGGGAGACUGGUCUUAGUGGGCCUCCUGGAGAAAGGGGCCCCCCUGGUAUGCCAGGGUUUGGCCGACCAGGUGAUCCUGGAGAGAAAGGCAGCCCGGGAAGGCCAGGCACCCCAGGAGCUCCAGGACGACCUGGUCCAAAAGGAGAGUCAGGUAAAAGUUUUAGCACUCCUGGACCCCAGGGGCCACCUGGACCACGAGGAGCUACUGGCAUCCCAGGAUUUCAAGGUGAAAUAGGUCUACCAGGUGACCAAGGUGUGCCUGGUGUUCCUGGAGAAAAGGGCGAACAAGGACUACCUGGAAUUGGAUUUCCAGGCCCAACGGGUGCUAAAGGAAUCAGUGGGAUCCCUGGAACCCAAGGAUUACCUGGAGAGCCAGGAAGACCGGGGCAGGAUGGCUUAACAGGAAAAGCUGGUCCUCCUGGACAAAAAGGUGAACCUGGACGAGGUCUUCCAGGCCCAAAAGGGUCACAGGGCAACCCAGGAAUCACUGGUUUCCCGGGAGACAAGGGUGCCGUGGGUUUCCCAGGUAUUCCUGGACCAAAUGGACAGACAGGACCACCGGGACCUCAGGGCUUUAAAGGUGAUGUUGGACGCCCAGGACCACCUGGUCAGAUUGGUCAACCAGGUGCUCCAGGGAAAGGCUUGCCUGGACCACAAGGACCUCAAGGACCACGUGGACAGCCAGGACCUUAUGGUAGAGAAGGUAUAAAAGGAGAAAGGGGCUACCCCGGCCCUCCGGGUCUCGAUAUGCCGGGGCCUCAAGGAGAUAAAGGGACCACUGGCGUCCCAGGAGUCCCAGGUGUCAAAGGAUUUCCAGGUCUACCAGGCUCGCCAGGGCGAGAUGGGCUAAUUGGCUACAACGGUCCCAAGGGUGAAAUGGGGGUUAUGGGAAUUCCAGGAACCCCAGGAUUUCCCGGACCACCAGGAGAACCUGGAUCCCCUGGUCUGAGAGGUGAUCCUGGUGUUACGGGACUAAGAGGAGAAUCCGGGGAAGAAGGACAGAAAGGCGACAGGGGAGAACCAGGUCCUGAAGGUCCCCCUGGAAACCUGACUCAAUAUGAUAUGGAGCACAUGAAAGGAGACAAGGGAGACACUGGAGACCCAGGUGAACCUGGAUCAGCUGGAGGGAGGGGCGACCCUGGCCUUCAAGGAGUUCCUGGAAUGGCUGGCAAAGACGGCGCACCUGGAUCACCUGGCCAGCCAGGUCAGAAAGGAGAUCCUGGUAAUCCUGGAGAUCCUGGUACUAUGGGACCACCUGGACCCAAAGGCAGUGUGGGAGAGAUGGGAAUACCAGGUCCAUCUGGUCCAAAGGGGUCCAAAGGAGACAUUGGUACACCGGGUCAUCCUGGGUUCAGAGGGACCGACGGUGCAAAGGGAGAACAGGGGCAACCCGGUGAACCAGGUAUCGGUCUUCCGGGAAUUCCGGGAACAAAGGGCCUGACAGGUGACAAAGGAUCUCCAGGGCCCCCUGGAGACAAGGGUGAGAAGGGUCCAGAGGGAAUGCCUGGCAAACCUGGACUGCAAGGACCAAAGGGUGACAAAGGAAGCGCUGGGUAUCCAGGUCAGUCAGGCAGGCCGGGAGAGAAGGGCAUCCCUGGACUACCUGGAUCUGCUGGAGAGCCUGGUCGCGAUGGCCGUCCUGGCGAUGGUGGCAUGCAGGGACCUCCUGGUGCUCGUGGAGAGAAGGGUGAGCCUGGAAAGGACGGCAUCCCUGGAUUCUCCGGGGAGAGGGGAGACCCAGGUUUACCAGGUCAAGGCUCUCCUGGACCACCUGGAGCUACCGGUGGAAAAGGUGAAAAGGGUGACCCGGGUCUUCCUGGCAUGCCUGGUCAUUCUGGCGUUCCUGGUAUCCAAGGAGAAAAGGGGUUUCCUGGUCCUCAGGGACCACAGGGGGAGCCAGGAGACCGAGGUCUUCCGGGCAUCUCCUUAGAGGGCCCCAAAGGGGAGCCGGGACAGAGAGGGCCAGUUGGAGAAACAGGUACCCAAGGAACACCGGGACCAGCUGGAGUGCCGGGCAGAGACGGCCAGAAGGGAGACAAAGGUGACACCGGUCUGCCGGGUUUCCAGGGAGAGUCGGGACAAAAGGGCGACGCUGGAACUCCUGGAGCUCCUGGGCCAACAGGUCUCCCGGGUCUCGACGGCACCAAGGGAGAGCGGGGAUUACAGGGGGUUCCUGGCUUCCCAGGAACAAAGGGUGUCUUUGGUGAGAUUGGAUUCAAAGGAGAAGCGGGUGACAGAGGAUUCCCUGGAGUAAAAGGUAACGACGGCCCCCCUGGUCCCCCUGGCCCCCAGAUCUUAAUCAAAGGAGAUACAGGAUUCCCAGGAGAUCAGGGUUUCCCUGGUCCCCAGGGGCCACCAGGGCUUCCUGGACAGAAAGGACAGCAAGGUAUGACGGGAAUUACGGGCCCAAAAGGUGAAACCGGUAUUAAUGGAUUUGAUGGUCUGCCGGGAGCCAAAGGAGACCCUGGUGUGCCAGGGCCACAAGGACCCAGAGGAUACCCGGGUCCUCCAGGACCUGACGGUGUUCAAGGCCAAGUGGGUCCACCUGGCCCGUCUUCCAUGGACCACGGGUUCCUGGUAACGCGUCACAGCCAAAGUGUGGAGGUUCCGCUGUGUCCUGGGGGUACUAGCAUAAUCUACGAAGGAUACUCCUUGCUCUAUGUGCAAGGCAACGAGCGCUCCCAUGGACAAGACCUGGGUACGGCAGGCAGCUGUCUCCGAAAGUUCAGCCCCAUGCCCUUCCUGUUCUGCAACAUCAACAACGUGUGCAACUUCGCGUCCCGCAACGAUUACUCCUACUGGCUGACCUCACCGGAGCCAAUGCCCAUGAGCAUGGCGCCGAUCACCGGGGACAGCAUCAAACCCUUCAUCAGCAGGUGUGUUGUGUGUGA